UGACAUUCGCAAGUAAAACAAAAGGAAACUCUGGAACGCCACAAUUUGUGUGUUUUGUGGCGUGAAAAUUGCAUUAUUCCACCGCUCAAGGGGUUAAUAUUGUGGGGGUGAAGUGCAAGGGAUGCGACUGUAGAUUGUGCUGAGUGAGAGAAGCCCAACAAGUGCGAUUGUGUCCAUUUUCUCAGCAGGUGAAUCGCGCAAUGGCUGGUGGCAGUUCCGCGACGGCACCUCAAUUCGGCGGCCGCGGCGGCUCUGGCAAGGAGAAGCGCUUCUCCAUCCACGAUGCCUUCGAGGAGGAGACAGACGAGGCGAUCCGGGUGUACGGCAGCACGGUGAUAAGCACGCCCAUGAGGGCGAAAACGCGCUCCACGGACGACGUGUCGAUCCGUGUGCACGACCAAAGGAGCUUCAAGUACCCGGACGACACCACGUCGCGCGACAGCGACUCGCUGAUUCAGGACUACGGCGCGCUGUCCGCCGGCGACACGUACACAUACUGCUGGCGGCAUCCGAAGGUCCGCGAGAACUGGCGCACCGUCCUGGCCGCCGUGACGCUGCUCAUCGUGGGCACGGCGCUGGUUGUGAUCGGCACGUACGCCGUGGCGAAGCCCUCGAACGGCUCCCAGGGCGCCGUGUUCUUCGUCGCCGGCUUCAUCUGCUUCAUUCCCGGCGCCUAUCACGUGGUGUACAUCUGGCUGGCGGCGCGCGGCUACCGCGGCUUCGACUUCUACCACCUGCCGCUCUUCACGUAGACCGCGAGGACGCCGCGCCGCACCCAGCGUCAACUUCCCAGCGAGGGCGAGCCAGGCUCAACGGAAUCGUGCCAUGAAUUCGUGCUCUACAAAGUCUACAUUUUUCUUUUCACAUCAUUUUCUCCUCCUCAAACGCAAUCCAGCGACUCGCAAGUCCAAUUUAUGCAUCUUCUCCAACCAAUCCGGCCAACCGUUUGGCAAUUCGCGUUUGGCUCGGCGAGAGGCGCGCGCAGAAGAAGAAGUGCGAAAGAGAAAUGGGCAGAGAAGUAAUUUAUGCACCUGAGACUCGAAAGACUUGAAUAUUAAAUUAUAUAGUGCAGUUUUGACGGAAUCGAGGACACGCGCGCCAUGCACGUUUGACUGAGAUAUUUGAGAUGAUUUAGAGAUGAUCUAUUCAGUUUCGCACUCCUCAAAUCCUUGUCCAUAAAUAUGUUUAAGGAUAAAAAAAAAUUAACUAAUAAGUCGCUCUCCCCCUCCACUUCUAAUCUUAUAUAUUUAAUGUGGUAGUUUUCUCUUUUCUGUGUAGGAUUUCACCCACAAUGAGUUUUGAAAAAGCUGUAUUUUGUAAGGAAACUCCUCGUAUUUUAUGUACAUAAGAAAUUUUUUUGAUCAUGAAUUUCAAAAAAACAUACCAAA